AUGCAGAAGAUUCCUUACGCUUCGGCUGUGGGGAGUCUAAUGUAUGCUCAGGUAUGUACACGUCCGGAUAUUGCGUACAUUGUUGGCAUGUUAGGCAGAUAUCUAAGUAACCCUGGAAUGGAUCAUUGGAGAGCAGCCAAGAGGGUUAUGAGAUAUUUACAGAGAACAAAAGAGUACAUGCUUACAUAUAGGAGAUUGGAUCAGUUAGAGUUCAUUGGGUAUUCCGACUCUGAUUUUGCUGGAUGCCAAGACAGCAGAAGAUCCACAUCAGGCUAUAUUUAUCUGUUGGCUGGUGGAGCAAUUUCAUGGAGGUCUGCCAAACAGACACUCGUAACUUCAUCCACCAUGGAAGCAGAGUUUGUAGCAUGUUAUGAGGCAUCCAAUCAAGGAAUAUGGCUACGAAAUUUUGUCACUGGGCUGCGUGUUCUGGAUGGUUAG